AUGACAGCCAGCGAGGGAGCCGCGCGAAUUCAGUUCAAGGCGCUGAAGGGAUUUCCGGAAAAAACCACUGAUAAGCUGGAGACACAGGCCUUCCUCGCCGCCUCCAAGGAGAUAGUAACCGUCAUAGAGAGCUUCGGCAAACUCUUUACACCCGUGAUAAACGACAUGAACGGAAACAUAAACAAACUGACAAAAGCCUACGGCGCGGAUGUGCUGAAGUACCAAUAUCUGGAGGAUCUGAUUGUGCUGAACGUGAACGUGGACGACUUUGCGGCGAACGCGUUGCUCUGGCUGAAGCGCGGCCUCCAGCUGAUUUGCACCUUCUUCGAGAACAUCUACAACGACACCCAGGCCAAGGAGGCACUGAAGCAGCACCUGCAGGACGCCUACGAGCGCACACUGAAGCCCUACCACGGCUUCAUUGUCCAGAGCACAAUCAAGAUAAUCUACAGCUGGGUGCCAACGCGCAGCCAAUUGCUGGGCCAGGGAGCUGCCCAGGAGGAGAAUAUCGAAGUGCUGACCAGCUUUCUGCCCACAAUGCGCGCCCAUUUGGACUCCAUUGACGCCCUGCUGAAGGCGCACAAUCUGGACGAUGCCAAGAAGGUGUGAUCGUCGGGGAUCCGUAGCCGUUCCUUAGCUUAGCUUAGCUUAAAUCGCUUAUCCUACUUUAUUAUUUAUGCCAAUGUUCAAGUAAACCUCAGAGUCCUACUCUA